AACAGAAACCAUUCUACUUGCAAUCAUACUUCACUUCACUUCUAGACUCUAGUCAGUUCUCACAACCAUCAACAUGAGAGAAAUCGUUCAUAUGCAAACUGGUCAAUGUGGUAACCAGAUCGGAGCUAAGUUCUGGGAAGUGAUCUCUGAUGAACAUGGUAUUGACCCAACUGGAACUUACCACGGUGAUUCUGAUCUUCAGUUGGAGAGAAUCAACGUUUAUUAUAAUGAAGCUACCGGUGGUAAAUAUGUACCCAGAGCUGUUCUCGUCGACUUGGAACCUGGUACCAUGGAUUCUGUAAGAUCAGGACCUUAUGGUCAGAUCUUCAGACCAGAUAACUUUGUCUUCGGACAAUCUGGUGCCGGUAAUAACUGGGCUAAAGGUCAUUAUACAGAAGGUGCAGAAUUGGUAGAUUCCGUUCUUGAUGUGGUCCGUAAAGAAGCUGAAAGUUGUGAUUGUCUACAAGGAUUCCAGUUGACCCAUUCUCUGGGUGGUGGAACUGGUUCUGGUAUGGGAACUCUCCUCAUCAGUAAAAUCCGAGAAGAAUAUCCAGAUAGAAUCAUGAAUACCUUCUCUGUUUGUCCUUCACCAAAAGUAUCUGAUACAGUUGUGGAACCUUACAACGCCACCCUCUCAGUUCAUCAACUGGUAGAAAAUACAGACGAGACUUACUGUAUUGAUAAUGAGGCUCUAUACGAUAUCUGUUUCCGUACCCUCAAACUGACCACACCCACUUACGGUGACCUCAACCACCUGGUAUCAGCAACCAUGUCUGGAGUGACCACCUGUCUCCGAUUCCCAGGUCAACUCAACGCCGAUCUCAGAAAGCUGGCCGUCAAUAUGGUGCCCUUUCCACGUCUUCAUUUCUUUAUGCCAGGAUUUGCUCCUCUCACUUCUCGAGGUUCCCAACAGUACCGAGCCCUCACUGUACCCGAACUCACCCAACAGAUGUUCGAUGCCAAGAACAUGAUGGCUGCCUGUGAUCCUCGUCAUGGUCGUUAUCUGACAGUAGCUGCCAUGUUCAGAGGUCGUAUGUCAAUGAAGGAGGUAGAUGAACAGAUGUUGAAUGUUCAGAAUAAGAACAGCAGCUACUUUGUUGAAUGGAUUCCCAACAAUGUUAAAACU